AUGAAAAUUAAGGCAAGAUUAAUUUAUGCUUUUGCGAUUAGUGUUAUUGUAGUGACAUUUACUACAAGUCAAGUAUUGGAAAUUGAUGAAGUAACCUGUGGUUCUGCAUUAAAAUUAACUCACAGCCCUUCAGGUUAUAAAUUACAUUCGCAUUCUAUAUCUUAUGGAACUGGUUCUGGCCAACAAAGUGUUACAGGUCUGCCAAGUUCUGAUGACCCUGAUUCACUUUGGAUCGUAAAAGGUACUAUUGGUAAGAGCUGUUUACGAGGUGAAAAAAUUAAGUGCGGUGAUUUAAUCAGAUUACAACAUGUAGGAACUAAGAAGUUCCUGCAUAGUCAUUAUCAUCGAUCACCUCUUUCAAAUCAACAAGAAGUUAGUGCUUUUGAUGGAUUGGAUUCAGGAGAUAAUUGGAAAUUAGUUUGCAUAAACACAUCUUCAUCAUAUUGGUUGCGAGAGCAGAAAAUUAGAUUAAUACAUGUUGAAACUUCCUCUUACCUAUCAGCAAAUUCAGAAAUGAUUUAUAAUAAUCCUAUUCAUGGACAAAUUGAA